CCACAUCCAGGGCUCCACCCCGACAGUAACUUUGGUUCCAUCGGCACCAGCGAUCCCUCCACCGCUGCUCCGCUUUCCUCGUGCUCACCGCCCCAGUGAGCUUCAAGCCGAAGCCGCCUCCGCCUCCGCCUCCGCACCCGCACGCACGCGCAGCCAUGGAAGCAUUAUCAGCGAAGACCAUAAAAAAUGCAUUCUUGGCACAACAUCACCCACGGACUAGGCAUGGUACAAGAUAUCACAGUGGCUUUUGUUCCCUCAAUACCCGCAGCAUGCAUUCCUUCCAGGAAUGUAGAUUGUCAGUGGCUGAUUCUUCAGCCAAAUGGUUAAAUACCACAACGACACCAUGGACUAGCUUCGACAAACAAGCAGUUAGCUGCAAUGCUGCUCAAGGUGGCAGUGCUGUCUCUUCCUCUGAGAAAGUUGAUUUUCUCAAGCUUCAAAAUGGCAGUGAUAUUCGUGGUGUUGCUGUUGCUGGGGUUGAAGGUGAGCCUGUCAACCUCACGGAACCUGCCACUGAAGCUAUAGCUGCAGCUUUUGCAGCGUGGCUGUUAAACAAGAAGGAAGCAGAUGGAUUGAGACGUUUAAGAAUCUCUGUUGGACAUGACUCACGAAUCUCUGCCCAUAAAUUGCAGAAUGCAGUUACUCAUGGAAUCACUGCAGCUGGACAUGAUAUCCUACAGUUUGGAUUGGCCUCAACACCUGCAAUGUUCAACAGUACACUUACAGAAGAUGAGAGAAAUCAUUUACCCGUUGAUGGAGCCAUAAUGAUAACAGCGAGCCAUCUUCCCUACAAUCGAAAUGGUCUCAAGUUUUUUACAAGUGAUGGUGGGUUAAAUAAGGCUGAUAUCAAAGAUAUCCUGGAGCGUGCUUCUAAAAUAUAUGAGGAAUCUGCACAUGGUAAACAGCAAGAACGGGAGGAUGCUUCUAGGGGAGUUGUGAAUAGUGUGGACUAUAUGUCAAUUUAUGCUUCUGAUCUUGUACAAGCAGUUCGUAAAUCUGCUGGAGACAAAGAAAAACCAUUGGAGGGACUGCACAUAGUUGUUGAUGCAGGCAACGGUGCAGGUGGAUUUUUUGUGGAUAAGGUACUCAAACCAUUAGGAGCUGUCACUACUGGAAGUCAAUUCCUGGAGCCUGAUGGCUUGUUUCCCAAUCACAUUCCGAACCCUGAGGACAAAACUGCAAUGAAGGCCAUUACACAAGCAGUUCUUGAUAACAAGGCAGACUUAGGCAUCAUAUUUGAUACAGAUGUUGAUAGGUCUGCUGCUGUUGACUCCAGUGGUCGUGAGUUGAACCGUAACCGAUUGAUUGCUUUGAUGGCUGCCAUAGUUAUUGAGGAACAUCCAGGAACUACAGUUGUGACGGAUAGUGUGACUUCAGAUGGGUUGACUGUAUUUAUUGAAAAUAAACUUGGAGGGAAACAUCACCGUUUCAAGCGAGGGUACAAGAAUGUAAUAGAUGAGGCUAUUCGUCUGAAUUCUAUUAGUGAGGAAUCGCAUUUGGCCAUGGAAACAAGUGGCCAUGGAGCGCUGAAAGAGAACCACUGGCUCGAUGAUGGAGCAUACCUUAUGGUCAAACUUUUGAAUAAACUUGCUGCUGCCAGAACUCUGGAUUCAAGUAUUGGCAGUAAAGUUUUGACUGAUUUGGUUGAGGGCCUUGAGGAAGCUGCUGUGACAGUGGAGAUAAGGUUGAAGAUUGAUCAGAAUCAUGCAGAUUUGAAAGGAGGGUCCUUCCGUGAUUAUGGGGAAGCAGUUUUGAGACAUUUAGAGAAUGCUAUUGGCAAAGAUCCAAAUCUCCACAAAGCCCCCAAGAAUUAUGAAGGCGUAAGAGUUUCAGGGCAUGGUGGAUGGUUCCUGGUGAGGCUCUCCCUCCAUGACCCUGUCCUUCCCUUAAACAUUGAGGCACCGAAUAAGGAUGAUGCCAUUAAGCUUGGGCUUGCGGUGCUUGCUGCUGUGAGUGAAUUCUCAGCACUGGAUGUGACGGCAUUGAACAAAUUCGUGCAGCAGUGAACAUAGGGACAUUGACGUCAUUCUGUGAGCUUCUUUCACAUGGCGACUUUGCUUGUCUGUGUCGACGAUGAACAAAGUCUUGGCCAGUGAAUAUAGGGUUUCAAUGUUUGGCUUUCCUCAGAUGAGUUUUCGUGUUUAUACCAGGUAUCUGAGUAAGAACAUUUAUACUAGUGAGGCAGGUGUACACUUGAAAUAAGAUGCGAGUGUUUGAAAAGUAUCAGGAGGUUUGCUGUGAGGCCAUGAACUUCCAGAUGUUACUUGAUCUGUCAAUAACUUUUUCACUGUGAUUAGAUGAAGCACCCUUUCGCUGCUUUGU